UUCUUUCCCCUCCCUGGGAAGGGUAGCUGGAUGGACUUACUGAGCCUUCAAUUCCUUCUUCAACAGUUCCCAAACCUCCAUGUUUUUAAAUCCUUCACUUCUCUCUCCCUCUCUUGGCUCUCUUCAUCACCAAGCAAGCAAGCAAGCAACCAUUCUCCAUCUCUCUCUCUCUCUCUCUCUCUCUCUCUCAUUUAAAUGGCUCCAAAAAACGAUGGACCGGCAAAGAAAGUAAUGAACAAAGGAGCAUGGACAGCAGAGGAAGAUCAAAAAUUGUCUCAGUACAUUGAAAUCCAUGGUGCAAAGAGGUGGAAGACAAUUGCACUCAAAGCAGGUUUAAAUCGAUGUGGGAAGAGUUGCAGAUUGAGAUGGUUGAAUUAUCUGAGACCCAAUAUCAAAAGAGGCAACAUAUCAGAUGCAGAAGAGGACUUGAUACUUAGGCUUCAUAAGCUAUUGGGGAACAGGUGGUCUUUAAUUGCUGGGAGACUUCCAGGACGAACCGACAACGAGAUAAAGAAUUAUUGGAAUUCUCAUUUGAGCAAGAAAAUAAAUCAAAAUGAGAAAACACGAGAACCUUCGUCUGCACACGAGAUUACGCCUCAGAAGACGGAUAUGGAGGGUGCUAAAGUAAGUGGGACUUCUGAGGGAAAUUUUGAUGUAAAUGAGUUCUUUGACUUCACCGUUGAAGGAUCAUACGGUCUAGAUUGGGUGAACAAAUUUCUUGAACUUGACGAGGAUUCUUGGCUCACUAAAAAAGGUGAGCAUUGUGUAAUAUAAAAAUAACAUUUGUUUUCUCCUUUUGAAAACCGACUACAAUAACAAGAGCGUGAUUCUUCAGUAAACGAUGAAUAAAUUUUUCUGCUCAUUGUUGUA